AUGCUCCGUAACCACAACGAGUAUCCUUUUUCAGUGGAGGCUGGUGCCCAGCGGAAAAACAGAGUUCAGCGUAGGAUUGAAACUAACGGUGACAACACCGCUAUUAGAGGCGUUCCUGAUGAUAGAACGCCAAGUGCAGACAAACCCAAGCCUAAGAAGCAGCGUACACUGGAAGUAUCCAUCGCAAUGGGCUCAGAUAAAGAAUAUGCUGCGUCAUACAAACAAGCAUUCCUUACGGUUCUCCAUGACUGCUGGACCAACGCGGCCAUGCCUCAGUGA